CAACCACGACCACAGGGAUCGCGAUUGAAUUCAAGUCUGCCGACAGUUGAUCGUUCGUUGUCUUCAUCGCUCGUCGCCGUUUGGAGCUUUCGGACCUGUAAUCUUCGGCUUCUGGUAGAAUCGGUCUGGAUCUGAAGCUCCCCUCUCGUCUCUUCACAGGUAUCCGCUUCGAGAGGUCUUGUCUUGGUGCAGAUUAGUAGGGGAAAAAUCGCAUGAGAACCCGUAAUUCCUGAAGGUUGCAGCUUUCAGAUGCUCCAUUGCUGAGCCAUUUCAUCCUUGAAAGCAUGGGAGAGUGGGUCAUUGGAGCUUUCAUCAAUAUUUUCGGCAGCGUUGCCAUCAAUUUUGGCACAAACCUUCUCAAGCUUGGGCAUAACGAGAGAGAAAGGCUGGUUAUACAGGAGAAUGGUGGAGGAAAGACGCCACUGAAGCCCAUUAUAUACUUUCAGACAUGGAGAGUUGGGAUCCUAUUCUUUCUUAUUGGGAAUUGCCUCAAUUUCAUUUCUUUUGGUUAUGCUGCACAGUCACUUCUAGCAGCUCUUGGAUCCAUUCAGUUUGUGUCCAAUAUUGCAUUUGCCUAUUUUGUACUAAACAAAAUGGUAACAGUCAAGAUACUUGUUGCUACGGCCUUUAUUGUCCUCGGAAACAUUUUUCUCGUAGCAUUUGGCAAUCACCAGUCACCAGUCUUCACACCUGAGCAGUUGGCAGAGAAAUACAGCAAUAUGACAUUCUUGAUCUACUGCGUGAUUUUGAUUCUAAUCGUAGCCUUCAACCACUUCGUCUACAGGAAGGGAGAAUUGUUAAUAUCUGCACCUGGACAAGAGCUUAGACCCUAUUGGCACAUGCUGCUUCCUUUCUCAUAUGCUGUGGUCUCUGGUGCUAUUGGAUCAUGUUCAGUUUUAUUUGCAAAGUCACUCUCAAACCUUCUGAGAUUGGCAAUGUCGAGUAGUUAUGAGUUGCACAGCUGGUUCACAUACUCUAUGCUUCUUUUAUUUCUUAGUACAGCAGGAUUUUGGAUGACGAGAUUGAACGAAGGGUUGUCUCUAUUUGAUGCGAUUCUCAUAGUUCCAAUGUUUCAGAUUGCCUGGACUUUCUUCUCCAUCUGUACAGGGUUCAUUUACUUUCAGGAAUUUCAGGUAUUUGAUACGCUAAGAACGACAAUGUUCAUAUUGGGAAUGAUGUGCGUAUUCAUAGGCAUUUCUUUACUAGCCCCCGAUGAUACGAGAGGCAAUGAGAUGAAAGAUAAUUCAACACUAGUUUCUGUAAUUCCGUCAACUGAGGAGGACAGCCUGAUACCACCAUCUGAAGAUGGACAUUCCAAAGACACGAGACAAGUUGUACAAGGAGUGUAUAUGAAAAUAUCAGAUCUAGUUGCUAAAACAAAGGCUGCUUGUUUAGCUUCAUUGGGCUUUGGUGAGGAUUCUAUCAAUGCAUCAGCAGUUCUCGUGAUGCCAAUGGUGUCAUCGAAGAUAACAGGGUUUAGAGGAAAUGGACUCGAACGGGCUAAGAUCCUCUCCAUGAGAGGAGCUUCAGGCUGGAGCAAAGUAUCCAUGGACGAAGACGAGACAUCUGUCCUCUCACCAAAACCAUAGGAUAGAAUCUCAAGGAGGGAAACAUGGUUGAUUCCGAAGAAGAAACCAGGUAUGAUUGUGCAUAUUCUUGCAAGAAGCAAGUGUAUUAGUUUUGUAGAAACAGAGCAAAUAUUGUAUAUCAUGGUUUGAGAGAGAACUCUGAACCAAUUUGGAGAUCAAGUUGAUUCAUAUUGCUGGAAAUCCAACAUCUUUCACAGAUAUAGAAUAGCAAGAACACUGCUUGUGUGUGUU